AUGGUUGGUAGGUCAUGGUUUCACGUUCCGCUGCAGAUUAAGAAGGCUCUCAAGGGUCUGAGAGUUGAGGUCUCCCACCGAGGAGAGGUGCGCAGGAAAUACCGCAUCAAUGGCUUGACAAAGCAGUCUAGCAGAGAUUUGAGGUUCAAAUUAUCGACCGGCGAAACCAAGACUGUGAGGGACUACUUUCGAGAAACCUGCAAGCUGCAACUAAGUUACGAUUUUCUCCCCUGCCUGCAAGUUGGUACAGAACAAAAACCGAACUAUCUUCCAAUGGAGGUUUGUGCAUUGGAGGCCAAGUUGCUGCUGUGGUGGUAUGGCAAGACUGAACUCAACUCAUCGGCUGUGGCAAAAUGA